CUUUGCAAUCAUCACAGUGCACAGUUGACUGCUUCGAUGAUACACGUACUCGGCGGUGACUGUGAAUCGAAUUUAGCUGUUGGCCACAUACCCGUAAUUAAACGAAAAUCUCACGAUGAAGAAGCUCUGUUUGUGCCUUCUGCUGCAAUUAUGCGUGUUCGCUGUGGCGCAAGAAAGUAUUUUGGACAGCUCGACUGUAAGAAUGUUCUAUCGUGUAUAUCGUAGAUUUUUAGCGAAUAAUUACGGGACGAAGAAUGAGGCGCGAAUGAUUCGAUUACGGAAUGAAAAAAUCUUUCAAGAUGAAAUCCCACUGGACGUUCCGUUUCCUUGCAACGUAACAGAUGGUAGGUCUCCCGAGGUUCCCGAGUCAGUUCAUCGCCUGAGACCAGGAGACAUAGAUGUCAUUGCCGCGAUGGGCGAUUCUAUAGUAGUCGGCCUUGGAUUGACGUCGAUUAACUUUUUCGAUCUAAUGGUGGAAAACAGAGGCAUAGUGGCGAAUAUCGGUGGUCAAGAGACUUGGCGGAAAUACCUGACGCUCCCUAACAUUUUAAAAGAAUACAAUCCCAAAUUAAUAGGGUACUCAUACGAAGAUUCCAUAAGCACUGAACCAGGCGCGGGGUUAAAUGUUGCCGAAUGUGGCGCGAUGUCCAAAGAUAUGCCUUACAUGGCGCAACAUUUGGUGAAUAAAAUAAAAAACGACUCGAGGAUAGAUGUGAACAAGCAUUGGAAGUUGAUUACAUUGAUGAUCGGAGCCAAUGACUUCUGUGGGAAUGUGUGUACAGCUUCUUGCCCGUGGUCAAUAUUAGAAGAUCACAGAAAGAACCUAAUUAGCGCUCUUAGAAUACUCAGGGACAAUUUACCAAGGACUAUCGUUUUUGUUCUAACACCGCCUAACGGGAAAGAAAUUGUCGCCUCGCGCAGAGGAACGGAUACCAUGUGGAUAUGCUACGUCUAUUCUAUGUUAUUUUGUCCGUGUAUGUUUGGUUUGAAAUACGCAGACCAAAGACCAAUAUACUAUGAAAUAAUUGAGAGGUGGCAAGACAUGGAAGAAGAAAUCACCAAUUAUCCAGAAUUUAAUAGAAAUGACUUCACUGCAGUAUUUAUACCAAUUCUUAAACGUUCGAGCAUACCGCUGGACGAGAAUAACCUCCCCGAUUUAUCAUACUUAGCUUAUGACUAUUUCCAUUUCAACCAGAAGGCUCAUGCAAUAUUUGCAAACACAUUAUGGAACAAUAUAUUUGAACCAGUUGGUAACAAGAGCGAAACUUUGAGCGAUUGUAACAAAAAACUUGACAUGUUGCUGUGCCCCACGCCGGAGAGACCGUUCUUGGCGACGCGUGAAAAUUCAAGGAGCAUAAACGAGACUUGAAAUUUGUGAGGCAGUUUAGUGUAAGUGUAAGACGGUACCUUUACGUUGCCAUUCGACCAAACUUUUCACUGUGCAAAUACGAUACGCUUACGCUAUAAUACGUGUAUAAUUAA